CGGGUCUGUCCCGCCCUCAGCUCGUUGGCUCAGCUCUGGAGCAACCAAGCUGGACUCAUUCGCAGAAGAAGCUGCCGAGAAGCACAGCUGGUUCCGUAGAAGCGAAAAGACGGACCGACACCAGCCGCUGUUCUCCAUCGCCGGGGAGGGCGCGUUGCGCGCAGCCAUAAACACGCUGCCGUCCUUCAUCGUUUCUUAUUCAAAGCGGUGGGGAUGCACCUGGGGGUCUCACAUGGCCGCUGAGGAGACGCAGAACGGUAGAACAUUCUGAUCCAUUGCUGAAGAUGGGGCAAAGGAUGAAGUUUGCUGCUGCGGUGCUUUGGUUCUCCUUGGCUCUUUGGGAGGCUGCCGCGCAAGGCCAGGAGGACUUUGUGUCACUCGCUGAAAUGGAAGACUCUUUGCUGAGAAACCUCUUCAAAGGUUAUCAGAAGUGGGUCCGGCCUGUCGGGCAUGCCAACGACACCAUUACUGUACGCUUUGGAUUGAAGAUCUCACAGCUGGUAGAUGUGGAUGAAAAGAACCAGCUCAUGACUACAAAUGUUUGGCUCUGGCAGGAGUGGACUGAUGUGAAGCUUAGGUGGAAUCCAGAAGACUAUGGGGGUGUUACUUCUAUCAGAGUGCCAUCAGAGACUAUAUGGCUACCUGACAUUGUUCUCUAUGAAAAUGCUGAUGGUCGCUUUGAAGGUUCCUUGAUGACCAAAGCAAUAGUGCGAUGGGAUGGCACUAUAACAUGGACUCCCCCUGCUAGUUAUAAAUCUUCCUGUACCAUGGAUGUCACCUUCUUCCCCUUCGACCGACAGAACUGCUCCAUGAAGUUUGGCUCAUGGACGUAUGAUGGGCACAUGGUGGACCUGGUUCUUGUGGAUCAAUAUGUUGAUCGCAAAGACUUCUUUGAUAACGGUGAAUGGGAGAUCCUAAACGCCACUGGAAUGAAAGGAAGCAGGAGGGAUGGGAUGUACUGGUAUCCUUUUAUCACCUACUCCUUCAUUCUCAAGAGGCUGCCGCUGUUCUACACCCUCUUCCUCAUCAUCCCCUGCCUCGGCCUGUCUUUUCUAACUGUGCUGGUGUUCUACUUGCCAUCUGACGAGGGAGAAAAACUGUCCCUUUCCACAUCAGUGCUGGUGUCCCUCACUGUUUUCCUUUUGGUCAUAGAGGAAAUCAUCCCUUCAUCAUCAAAGGUGAUCCCACUUAUUGGAGAGUACCUCCUCUUCAUCAUGAUCUUUGUCACCUUUUCGAUCAUAGUCACAGUUUUUGUGAUCAAUGUCCACCAUCGCUCUUCUGCUACCUACCACCCCAUGGCCCCCUGGGUAAAGAGUCUGUUUCUGCAGAGACUGCCUAAGCUGCUGUGUAUGAGGGGCCACACUGACAGAUAUCACUUCCCAGAUAUUGAGAUGCGAAGCCCUGACCUGAAGCCCCACAGAAGCAUAGGGCGGAAGGCUGUUCCUGGUCACGGUGUAAACCAGCAGAGAGGAGCCUAUGGAGGGAAGGAGGAUGAGAACCAAGCCUGGUUGGCAAUGCUGGAGAAAGCCACAAGCUCAGUUCGCUACAUCAGCCGUCACAUUAAGAAGGAGCACUUCAUAAGAGAGGUUGUUCAGGACUGGAAAUUUGUGGCUCAGGUGUUGGACCGGAUAUUUUUAUGGGCCUUCCUGACAGUGUCAAUCCUUGGCACUGUUUUAAUCUUUACGCCUGCUCUGCACAUGUACAUCAGCACACCUUCGUAAACUUAGCCUUUAAAAAAUAAAAAUUUCUCAGACUUUAAGAUUUAUUUAAUAGAUUAUUACUGUGUAUUCCUAUUGUAUAAAACUCAAUAACCUCAGGCUCCAAACAUCAUGUUCUUAACGGUAUGGUUUGCAGCCUCAAAUUACUCCUGGAAACUGUAAUGUUAGAAACUCAAUCUACCCUUUAUUUCAACCUGCAUGUUCAGGGAUGUGAAGAAGAAUGAGCAAUAAACAUGGUAACAAUUAGUGUGAUUGAAUUAAGCAUCUAUGAUUAUAUGACCAUAAUGUUGCAGCUGUGAAUGCAAUAAAAUGCACAAACAUAACUUGAUAAGGAAUUAAAUGUUCGGUGCACUUUUUUGUCACAUUAUUUGUAUUUGUCUGUGUUCUGCACAAAAAUAAAUCUGCAAUA